CGCCGCGGCUGUCACUUUCUUGGCCAGCCGGCGCGCGCUGGGUGCCGCUUGGGGUCUCCGUGGGCGAUGGCAGCCCUGAGGGUGUUGCUGCGGUGGCGGCGGCGCCGGUGGUGCUGCUGCUCCCCUCCUUCCGAGCUGCCUCCGCGCCGCCUGCUGCUGCUCUGGAGCGCGAGAGGCAAGGACCGGGCGGCGCCGAAGAGCGGUCUGAGCGCGGCGGCGGCAGGGGCUGCCGGCGGAGCGCUGGCUUGGCUCGUCUGUCAGCGCUUCUACGGCGAGCGGGAAGCGGUGUUAGGCGGCAAAGGACGCCCCUCAGAGGGCCGGGGGUUGCUGCCCAUCCCUGUGGCGGCGGCUGCCAAGGAGACCGCGACCACAGAUGGUAGACCAGAUUAUGAAGAUCUGGAUCUCUAUGCAACUUCCCGAGAGCAGCGGUUUCGUAUGUUUUCCAGUUUAGAAUUUGAAGGGCAACUAUUCAUGACACCAUAUGACUUCAUUCAGUCUGUUUCAAAUGAUGAACCAAGACAACCAAAGCAGUGGAAGUCUCUUUCAAAGCAGGAAUUGAAUCAGAUACUUCUAGAAACUCCACCAGUUUGGAAAGGAUCAUCUAAACUUUUUCGGAAUCUCCGGGAGAAAGGUGUGAUUUCUUACACAGAAUAUCUCUUUCUGUUAUGUAUCUUAACAAAGCCACAUGCUGGUUUUAGAAUAGCUUUCAACAUGUUUGAUACAGAUGGAAAUGAGAUGGUGGACAAAAAAGAGUUCUUAGUGCUGCAAGACAUCUUCAGAAAGAAAAAUGAGAAGAAAGAAAGAAGAGGAAAUGAAGAGAAGCGUGCUAUGUUGCACCUCCAACUUUAUGGAUACCAUAGUCCUACUAACGCAGUGCUAAAAACAGAAGGAGAGGACCUUGUUCCAAGAAGCUAUUGGGAUACUCUGAGACGUAGCACAAGCCAGGCACUCUUUUCAGACCUUGCAGAGCGUGCAGAUGACAUCACCAAUUUACUGUCAGAUACUACUCUGCUGAUCCACUUUUUUGGCAAAAAAGGAAAAGCUGAACUUAACUUUGAAGAUUUUUAUAGGUUUAUGGAUAACCUCCAAACUGAAGUUCUUGAAAUAGAAUUCCUUUCUUACUCUAAUGGGAUGACUACCAUCAGUGAAGAAGACUUCGCUCAUAUACUUUUAAGAUACACAAAUGUUGAAAAUACAUCAAGCUAUCUGGAAAACGUGCACAGCAGUAUCCCAGAAGAGCAGGGCAUUACAUUUGAUGAAUUCAGAUCAUUUUUCCAGUUUUUGAACAAUCUAGAAGAUUUUGCAAUUGCGAUGCAGAUGUAUAAUUUUGCAAACCGUUCAAUAGGACAAGAUGAGUUCAAGCGUGCAGUAUAUGUAGCCACAGGUUUGAAGCUUUCACCACAUUUAGUGAGCACUGUCUUUAGGAUCUUUGAUGUAGACAAAGAUGAUCAGCUGAGCCACAAAGAAUUUAUUGGUAUUAUGAAAGACAGAUUACAUCGAGGAUUCAGACCAUGUCUUCAUCAAAUACGGUCUGAUCCAACUUGCAGGUGAUCAAGGAUACAAAAGUGUGCAGAAAUACACAACUUUCAAAUCAUGUGUGAAGAAAGAACUCAAUAGCAACAGAUAAAUCAUG